AUGGUGGAGAAAGUUAAACACCAGAACGUCCCCUGUGUCGUAUGUCAAAUGAAAUCUGAGGCUCAAGUCAUGAUUCCGGCGAGGAACGAGUGCUACCCCGGGUGGAGGAUGACGUACUGGGGCUACCUGAUGGGGGCAGACUACAGCAGGGCCUCCAGUGAGUACAUCUGCGUGGACAAGGACCCUUGUACCACCGAGGGCGGCCACCGACAGACGUAUGGGCAACUGCUGUACAUUGUGGAGAGUAGAUGUGACUCUCUCCCUUGCCCUCCGUACAAACAGUACGGGGAGUUGACCUGUGUCGUAUGUGCAAAAUAA